AUGGCUCAUUUGACAGCUCCAAAACGACCAUCAACUUUAGGUAUUCUAUCAGUUAAUGUCGGUGACAAAGUGACUUUAGAAUGUUUCCAUCAAAAAGAUAGUCUUGCGAUGAUGUUUUUCUGGUAUAAGCAAACUCUGGGACAGAAGCCACAGCUGGUGUCUACAUACUAUAAGCAUGAGAGAAAUGGUACCUUUAACGAUGAUUUUAACCCCAGUCCACGAUUUCAACUGGAAACUAGCCGAGGUAUAAAUCACCUGAAGAUCUCAAAUGUGCAAUUGUCAGACUCAGCUACCUACUAUUGUGCAAGUUGCUAUAUAUACGAGUGUGAUUUUUUGGAGGAAGUUAUCAUCCAAGUAGAGGGUUCAGGUUUGAACUUUCAGGCUUUGGUUGAGCAGUCAGCAUCUGAGACCAUCCAGACAGGAGAGACUGUGACUCUGAGCUGUACAGUACAUACUGGGACCUGUGAUGAAGAACACAGUGUUUACUGGUUCAAAGAUGAAGAAGAAUUGCAUCCAGAACUCAUUUACACCCGUGGAGGCAGGAAUGAUCAGUGCGAGAGGGAACCCAACACGCAAACACAAACCUGUGUCUACAACCUGCCACUCAAGAGCCUGAAUCUGACUGAUGCUGGGACCUACUAUUGUGCUGUUGCCUCAUGUGGACUAAUUCUGUUUGGAAAUGGGACCAAGCUGGACUUUGAAGAGGAGGCUGGCUCUCUGAUCUUAGUGUAUCUCUUGAGUGGAGCUUUGGGAUUCAGCACCAUUUUGGCAGUUUUACUGGCUUACAAAGCAUAUACUAUGUACAGGACAAAGAGCUGCAAAUGCACAGAGACAUCUUCAGCAGCCUCAGCUCCAAAUGCAGAGGUCUUCCAAGAUGAAGAUAAUCUCCAUUAUGCUGCUUUGAAGCAGAACAACGUCAACAGAUCAAGAAGGAUCAAAGAUGACAACUUGAGUGAAUGUGUAUACUCCAGUGUACGGCAGUAGAGCAGGACUUUUUCAUGUGUGCUUUGUUUCAAUAUGAGCAGAAAUGCCAACUUUGUCAGAUGCCUUCUUCAUAAACUGAAUGUAAAACAUUGCCUUGCAAAAAAAAAAAGAACGAAUCUUUAGCUGCAGUCAAGCCAGGUUACUUGAACGUGACUGAAGGUGUGUUAUUUCCACUCUCACUGUGUUUGUCAUUUACAAUGCAGGAGACCACAUGCACCUCAGCAUGCAACAAUGAAGCAUAGGGAAAUGAGUACUACCAAUGUGGUCGUGUUCUCACAUGCAGAGCAUGGUGAUAACAAACCUCAUAUAAACCAGCUAUAGAGAAAGCAUGUGGCAUAAAACAUAUCUGUCCGAUUCUGAAUUCCUACCCUACGUGAUGUCUGUUAGCGCUCCCAGCUUGUUUACUGUAAAUGUGUUGAGAGCUCACCACAAACCCAGAGACGCGAGGAUCUUUUUUUAACCUCUGAGUGGUUGACAGUCGUUUGGCUCUUAGUAUAUUUCACUCAUCUCUAGGACCCUCUGCGCUCGCUUUGGUCUCAAACAGGAUGUGUCUGCUGUGUUUUCAUGCAUUGCAGCCACACAGUACAACACUGAAGGUAGAAGAAAGAAGAAAGAAAGAAGAAAGGCAUUUUAGCAACUGCAUUAAUCAAGUUCUGAAAGUUCUAACAUGUUUUUCUUAAUGUGACUGCUGAUCUUAUAAAAUAAUAACUAGUAAUAUCAGCUAUCUUUUCAACUGGAGUGCUGUGUAAUGCAACUGACACAAUAGGGGGAUGCAAUGGGGAGUGGUUUAAUACCGAAAAGGUCAAUAGCAACUUGAAACAUAAUGCUUUGAUUGACUAGGCAGGCCAUUUUUAUUUUCUUUUGGUGAAAGAAGUGAUUUUGUAUAUGUGUCUAUCAAUGCAUUUUUUUUCUGAAACAAGAACAAUGUUGUUACAUU